UCUUCCCUCCGCCUCCUGCGCUCUCCCGCGCCGACCGGCUCCGGGCCCCGCGGCCCGGGCUUCCGCGGUCGCCAUGACGGCGGCCGUGUUCUUCGGUUGCGCCUUCAUUGCCUUCGGACCCGCGCUCGCUCUCUACGUCUUCACCAUCGCCACGGACCCGCUGCGCGUCAUCUUCCUCAUCGCCGGAGCUUUCUUCUGGCUGGUGUCUUUACUGCUUUCAUCCAUCAUUUGGUUCAUAGCAAGACUCACUACAGACAGCAGAGACGGACCCAUACAGAAACACCUGCUGAUCUUUGGAGUGUUGCUCUCAGUCUGUAUCCAGGAAAUGUUCCGGUUUGCAUAUUACAGACUUUUAAAAAAAGCCAGUGAGGGUUUGAAAACCAUAAACCCAGAUGAGACGGCGCCGUCUAUGCGACUGCUGGCCUAUGUGUCUGGUUUGGGCUUUGGAAUCAUGAGCGGAGUAUUUUCCUUUGUGAAUACCUUGUCUGAUUCCUUGGGACCGGGCACAGUGGGCAUUCAUGGAGAUUCUCCUCAGUUCUUCAUUAACUCAGCUUUCAUGACGCUGGUUAUCAUAAUGCUGCAUGUGUUCUGGGGCAUUGUGUUUUUUGAUGGCUGUGAGAAGAAAAAGUGGUAUAUCCUUCUAAUAGUUCUCCUGACCCACCUGCUGGUGUCCAUUCAGACUUUCCUAAGUCCUAAUUAUGGAAUGAAUCUGGCAUCAGCAUAUAUAAUCAUGGUGCUCAUGGCCAUCUGGGCAUUUUUUGUUGCUGGAGGCAGCUGCCGAAGCCUGAAACUCUGCCUGCUCUGCCAAGACAAGGACUUCCUUCUUCACAACCAGCGCUCCAGAUAACCUCCGACAGCCGGCACCCCGUCCCCCAGCAGCAGGCUCUGUCAGGAGAAGAAGCACACCUGUGCCUUUUUCUUUUAAAAAAAAAAAAAAUUCUUUCUCUCAUGGAAUUUAGAACGACACUAUGUAGACAGGAAUCCUCGUCCCGUGGCUGUCAGGCAGCAGGCCUCUGAAGGGGUGCAGAAGUGGGCGGUAGCCUGGCUGCAUAUUAGUCACCCGGGGAAACAGAGACUGCUGCUGGCCCUCCAGAUUUAAUGGGCCGGGCCUGUGGAGUCUUCUGACAGCUUCAGGUGAGGUAGGUGGGUGGGAAAUUCUGGAGAACACUCAAAGUGAAGGAGUUUCUAGUGUUUAUCUCCUAUUCAGCUUCUGCUAAGCAAGUAAGUUUCUCAAUGGUAAGUCCUGGUUAACCUUGGUGGCUUUAUGUUCUGAGGUCACCGAAGGCUAAACUGUUGGCCGUUUUCACGCGCGUCACUGGUCGUCUUGGAAAACGUGGCAGCUUGUGCCGCUCAGGCAGUGGCUUCCGCUAGCAGGCGGUGCUGACGUAGCCGCGGCCAGAUUUGCAGCGCAAGCCGCGUGUCCCGACAUGCUUCCGCUGUGCAUUUUCUUCUUCAGGCACUGCAGUAUUUUUAGUGUAUGCUCAUUUUCUUAAGGUUGACUAUAUCCUGACCUCCUUGGGGAAGUACAGAACUGCGUGCAUGUCUGUGACUCCUCAGUUCAAAGCUGCAGCGUUCACCAUCUGAAAGCUGCAGGUGGGCUGGCUCGGGUGAAGUUUGUUUCUCCUGAGCAGCUGUGUAGGGAGCCUAAUAAUGGUCUGCACUGGACCUGGGAGAAGUGUGGCCAAAAGCCCAAGGACAGCAAGGGUAAUGUUGACACCUCUUUUACUUGCUCCUGUGACACUGACCAGUACUUUCACCCGGGUGGUAUAGUGUAAAAUUGGAGAUAGAUCUUAAGCUUCCAAAUUUCACACUAUUACACAGUGUUUUGGUCCCAAUGAGGCAACAUACUCUUUAUAAGAAUACUCAAGGUGUUUGUUCAUCUUCUAAACAACCUCUCUGAUUUCCUUUAAAAGAAGAAAUGCCAGUGAAUUAUGACUUUACUAUCUGGAAAUUGUUCCUACUUGAUGUCUUUGAGUUGCUUAUAGUAUAAAAUGGAAAUUAUCUGUACAUGGAAGUGAUACCUCACUGAAACUGACAUGUGCAGUAGAAUAUCAGAAACAAACAAACAAAAAAAGCCAUUAGCAGCAGUGAGAGGGCUCAGCAGUGACAUGACAGUGAAUUUGACAUUUGUGGCAAAGAAGAGGAAUGAACACAUUUGAAAUGAAGAUGUAACCACACAUCAAGACCUUCCACAUGAAGUAGACUUUGAUCAGUGAACUCUUCCCCCGUGCUUAAAAUAUUUGAGUGCCUCAGUGUAGAAAGUCAAAAGGAAUAGGGCUUCCGGCAGGGCUGGAAUCAACCUGAUAUGAACAGCUGUAGUUAUUCCCUGAGGUGAAUUGACGUUAAUACAAGUGCUGCUGGAGUGCAUGCUUUGCCAGAUGGAUGCCAGAGUUUUCUUGGACUAAAAGAGUCAAAAAAAAAAAAAAGAAAGAAAGAAAGAAAGAAAAGAAACGUAGAGAACUGUGCUGCACCAAGAGGAAUAAGAUGCCCAUAGAACUGGGAAUAUGGUAUCCUUUGUUAUGAUGGAGGUGAAAAGCAUAUUAGUGGUUAUUACUAGUGACUUACAAAUCUUUCUGUUGGUUGUAGCCAGAGCUGGCCUCCCAACUCCUGAUCCUCCUGCCUCCCCCUCUUCAGCAGUUACUUGCUGGAAUGUGCCACAACAGCUGGCCUGACUUGUCAGUGGAUAGUCUGUAAAAUAUUUGUUGACCUAUGAAGUGUAAAAACUCUGAGAAUUUUAAUAUUAAUCAUAUUUGAGCUCUGAGCAAGUUCUCGAAGUACUAAUAACAUAAUAUUAAGAUUCUGGAGUAUUAUAGAAUUCCAUUUAACAAAAACUCAGAUGAGAAGGAAAAUUUCCUUGGUGAAACUAUUGUCUUAGUUCAGAAAAUUAUUUAGUAAUCCUGAGUUACCUAUAGAUAAGGGAGCUCUGUAACCCUGGUUUCUCUUGUUACUGUGAGUAAUAAAUAGUCUGCUUUGCCUCCUGUUGUGGAACCCCAGGGAGGAUGGGGUCAUAAAUAUACAUUGAAAUGCUGUUUUUUUCUCUUGCAUUUGUUAUCUAUAAUAAGUUUUCUGAGCCCUGGUAAUAAUUGAUGACUGGGGGUGAUGUUUGCUGUCCUCCACAGGGUUUCCUCUUUAGAGAAAUGUGUACAUAAAGUUGACCUUGGAAUUGUAUUGUUUCAGUGCUUGCAUAUAUUGCCAUGUAAAUAAUAGAGACUGUUUCUAUUGCUAAGAUAAUCUGUAUUUAUUUUUAACUCAUUUUAAACCAGUGCUUACAACUGGAGAUGUUUGUUCCCUGGGGACUUGCUUGCCUGACUGUCCAUGCAGUAAGCAGCAGCCCCUUCAGAGCAUCUCGAGAAAAUGUGGUUGAAACAAAGUAAUGAUGGUAUCCACAGACUGUACAGAAAGUGGCUUUCCCCACUGUAAGUAUGAGUAGCUGUGACAGAAGAGCUCAUAUACUUGGAUUUCUUCUCUGUAGUGUUAUCCCUGUCCCCAAAGAGGCCUCGGCAAGCCCUGGAGUGUCACUGAAAUCUUGCUAACCAGCCAGCUGGGGAGGCAGCCUCCAAGGCCUACUUCCUAGGAGAAACACCUUGAGAGGGGUUUUUGUGUUAGGUUUGCAUUUUUCUAGGCCUGUCUCGACUUCAGGCUGACAAAGUUGGUAUCAUACGGUGGUUUCAAAGUGCUUUGCUUAGAAAGUUUUAUUUUUGUCUACUUUGUUUUGUAACAGAAACUUUCUGUGUAGCAUAAAUUGGCCUCAAACUCAAAAAAUUCUCUUGCCUCAGCUUCCCAAAUGCUAGGAUUAUAGACCUGUGCCACCAUGCCCAUCUAGGACAUUGUAUUUAUGAUUACAGUGUUUUUAUUUUUUAUUGAGUAAGAAGCUUUUCUUCAGCGUGUUUUUUAGUGUUUAAGAGGAAAUGAGCACUGUCUCUUUAUAGAAUACAUACCAUUUUUAUAUGUUAUACCAUUACGUCCUAUAUGCUCAAGUACCAGACUUUGCCAUCUAUGUGCAAUGCAGUCGACUGUCCAGGCCUGUGAUUUUUAGUAAAGAAUAAAAGACCGCUUGGCACUA